GAAGGUGAUUUUGACCGGAUUAAAAUGGAACAUCUGAUUAAGCGCCGCUUUAAUUUCGAUCAGUCGUUUGCCAUUUAUGAAGGUACAGUAUCUGUACUCACCUGUUUUUGUGGUGCAGCGGUUCGCAGUGAGCAUCGAUGCUACCGGUGAAAUUCACCAGAAUGAUCAGCAUAACCGGAAUUUUUCCGUAAAGCACAUCCGUCGAGUGUGUAAUUAAACCAAACGUCUAACGGAUUCUUACCGCUCGAAUCAGCAGAUGCUCAGGCCUUCCAGAUGCUUCUUUAGCGGUUAACACGGCCAGUGGGCAUGCCGUGGAUGGAGUGUUCAACGGGAUCCACUUCCAGUGCGCCGGAUGACGGGAAUGGAGUAGCCAGUCGCACGCGGGCCGGAACGCAUAGCCAACAUCCAGCAGCGGCGUCCUGGUCGCGAUCCGGAGUACAGCCAAAGCUCAUGCGCGGAGUGAGUGAUGAGGAUAUGGAGGGACACGGGAGUAAUGUGCAGGGUAAAGAUGAAGGCAGUAACUCCAGUCUACAGGGAAGUUUUCAUGGGGAGGAAGUUGGCUUUUCAGAAGAGGUCUCACGGAAGCGGUAGUGUCUCGUCUGCGACGAUUCGGCUAGUGGCUACCAUUACGCACUAAUACUUAAUUACACCGGUUGCUGCGUAAUCCGGGCGCGUUAGUGGAAAGAAAUACAGUCUCAAACGUUCGACGCUGUUCCAUAUGUUUUCCGCCAAAAUUCCAAUUUUCAGUAUUUGUGUGGAAUUACUGAACCGGAUUGUCUGCUAGUAUUGCACUCGAUGUCCCCUUCCGAGUACAGCAUCCAGCGGAGGAAGAAGUGUGGCACGGAAAAUCUUUAACGGAAAAUCACAUUCGUGAUACAUCUGGAUUCGAUUUUGUGCACGCUUUAUCUGAUCUGGAGUGUUUUUGAAUAUGUCUUCACAUUCGGCAAUUGAUUAAUUACCUAGCAAAUUUUUGUAACGGCCUAGCUAAGUUUACUGUAUUGCAGCCGGUGACCGAGUUAAAUCAGAACUGUUUCCGCUGCGGCAAAUGUGGUGGUGAUCUGCCGAAGGAAUUCCAUAUGCGCAACGAUGUUCCAAUCUGCAACAAAUGUCACAAGAAACAUAUGACGCGGAUAAUCAAGAGCGGGAGCGCAUCAGCGAGACGGUGGUGCGCGAAGAGCGUCCCGACGGCAGCCGGCAUACGGAGACCAUGGUGCGCGCUAAGACGCCGGUAAUCCUAACUCGAAGGAGGUGCGGGAUUAUCGUGAGCAGACGACCACCAUCCACCAUGGCGGCGACACGGGAACGUUCGUCCGCGAAGGCGAGAUGAACUAUACGGGUGAACGGGUAGGCCAUCAGGGUCAGUGCAACGAUAUCGGUCAGCCGAUCCACCGGCAGAGCAAUUUGCGCACCAAUGUCCAGGGGAAUGGCUGCUCGGGGUGCAUUGAACCGAUUGCCGAUGGGGAUCAUGUGCACGCCAAAGGACGACAUUUCCAUCGUAACUGCUUUGAUAGUGCGCAUUCCGGUGAAUGCUACGGAUGCGGUGAGAAGCUGCGCUUGACCGAGCCAUCAGUGAGCGUGGCGGUUUUGGGACGCGAAUGGCAUACCGGUUGCUUGAGCUGUGGACACUGCAACAACAAUAUUACUGGACAAUUUCAAUGGGCCAACGAUCUGCCGCUGUGUGAAAAGUGUUAUCGCGAACGCAUUGCACCUGGUUGUGCUUCGUGCAAGGAGCCGAUCUUGGGAGACAAACUGAAGGCAAUGAAUAUGUACUGGCAUCGGGAUUGCUUCCACUAUCAGCUUAUUCGAGAAAUGGAGAAGCUGAACGCGGAUCGCACAGUUCACGGAAUAAUUUUGCAAGUACGCAACAACUGGACACGAAGUUAAUCUUUUUCGGCAUGGAGGAAUUUACAUUUUUUUUCUAAAAAAUUUGUAUUUUAAUACGUCUAUAGCUUGUCUCCAUAGACGUAAUUGUCUCUAUAGCUUUCAAUAAUGUCUCCAGUUAUGGAAGGUUUCGCCUUGGCAUUAUUCUGCUUGCUGAUGUUUUGUUUUUAAUACGUCGAUACGUGCGUUCAAAGCGAUCAAGAAUUAAGGU